GGAAUCUGAUCUCUGUUCUCUUUAUCUUCACAUUAGCUUCUUUGUUUGUCAAUUUUUUUCGUUACAUCGAUUUAGCAAGAUUCGUUACUCAUUCACGAGCUCUUCAAUUUCAUGAUUUUCGAAAUUUGGCAGAUUUAGGAAUAUUCGAUCUGAUGCUGUCGCUGAAUUUGAGAAGCUUCCACUGAGAUUAUAUGCCUGAUUUGAGGAGAAGUAGUUUUAGCAAAUCGAAGGAGACAAGUACUGAAUCUAUGAAAAAGCUCAUUGCUCGAGAAAUGUCGAAAGAGGUUGUUGAAGAUAGACAGAGUUCUAACAAUGUAGUUGCUAGAUUAAUGGGUUUAGAGACUGCUGCACCAAGGAGCAGAUCCAGAAGCUCUUCACGCUGUUCGUUGACUUGUGUGGGUAGUAAGUUUCAUAGAGGAGAUGAAAUCUGGGAUCAGAAGGCGAAUCUUUCAAGAAAAGGAAGUAUGAGUGAUAAACAGAUGGAUCUUGUUCGUCGAAAGUUCAUGGAAGUGACAGAUGACAAGCUUCACAGGUCCAGUGAGUUCCAAGAAGCAAUCCAAGUGUUAAGUUCUAACAAAGAUUUGUUCGUUAAGUUUCUCCAGGAAUCAAAUUCGUUGUUUUCUCAGCCUCUCUCUGACCAUCAGCCUGUUCCUCCUCAUCCAGAGGCUAAGCGCAUUACGGUAUUGAGACCUUCAAAGGCUGUUGGUGCUCAGAACUGUUUGGUUGAAGAUAGUAAGAAACCGGCUUCUUUGAAUCAGGAAACUGGAUGGAUCGAUGCUGUGCAGCCAACUCGAAUAGUUGUCUUGAAGCCUAGUCCUGGGAAGUCUCUAGAUAUAAAGGCUAUUGCUUCAUCUCCUCCUUAUUUUGAUGAGGCUGGAGAUGCUGAGACUAGAGAAGUGGCAAAGGAAAUUACACGUCAAAUACGUGAAACUUUUGAGGGUCAUUGCAGGAACGAGACCCUUUCUUCUUCUUCUUCAGUCUUGUCCAAUGGCUAUAUCGGUGAUGAUUAUUCGUUAAACAGGUCAAAUUACGAAUAUCCAGUGGGAAACAUUACUAACUCUGAGAUCAUGUCACCAUCCUCUAGGCAUUCAUGGGACUGUGCGAAUAGGUUUGAGAGUCCUUUUUCUUCCUCUUCGUUCAGUCGAGUCUCAUUUUCUCCAGACUCAUCUGUCUACAGAGAGGCAAAGAAACGGCUCUCUGAGAGAUGGGCAAUGAUGUCACUAAACGAAGACACACAUCAACCAAAAAACGUCCCGAAGGUCUCAACGGCCUUAGGCGAAGUGCUUGCACUUUCAGAGACGAAAGUGCCUACCGGAUCCAGUGAAGAGAGCAACAAAGUGAAACAAGAAACGAGACGAUCAGUCUCAUGCAUAGGCAGUGGUCUAGAUCAAGUAGAAAGCACAAGUGAUUUUCUGAAUACCCUUGAAAGGUCAAAAUCAGUCCCUGAGAUUAGGCUCAAUGGUGGAACUUCAAAAGCACAAGCUCCCCAAGAGCUUACUGAGUCAAGAAGCUUAAAGCCAUCGUGGAAAGUUUCAAGCUUCUUCUUCUUCCGGAAUAAAAAAUCAAACAAGGUCAAAGAUGCACCGUCUCAAUUGGCUAUAAACCGUGAUGCAUUACAACAACAAAAUAUUUUUACAAGCGAGGGUGAUGUGGAAAAUGAAAACCAGGACCAGCCGAGUCCAAUUUCGGUUUUACAGCCGGCUUUUGAAGACGAAUGUUCUGUAUCAGCAAAGCCAUGGACCACUCAAGGAGAAGAAAUGUCUCUAAAAUCUAAUAUGAUUGACAAAUCACCUCCUAUCGGAUCAAUUGCUCGGGUUUUCUCAUGGGAGGAUGAGUCAUACACGGACACAACUAAACCCGCAAUGGGAAUCGAGGAAGAUGAAGACUGGUAUGACUUCAUCAAAACACUCUUAACAGCGUCUGGUUUCAGCGGUAGUGACUCGCUUAUGACCCGUUGGCACUCACCGGAGAGCCCAUUAGACCCAUCAUUAAGAGACAAAUUUGCCAACAAGGAACUCAUCAAACGCAGGAAACAGAGAUCAAACCGCAAACUCGUAUUUGACUGUGUUAAUGCCAUCAUAACAGAGACAACAUCAACACUUGUGCACACCGGCUUAACCAAGGGAUUUAACAUGGUGGAGCAUGUUUGGACAGAGUUACAGGACUGGGCGGUGAGUGACGAGUUUGUCGGAAAAAUGUGGAGUUAUGGUCUACAAGUCGAAACAAACAACUUGGGGAUUGAAAUUGAAGUGAUAUUGUUGCAAGAGCUAGUUGAAGAAGCAGUCUUUGAUCUUACUCGAUGAAACAACGUAUAUACAUUAAUAUAAGCUUUUGUAAUAAUGAAACAUAUAUAGAUGAUAUAAUCUAAGAAAGAGUUUAACCUAUA